AGUCGUAAAAUUGAGGCUUGAACCAUGGAAAAUGCCAACAAAUUUCAGAUAAAACCAGAGGCUAAUGUUCCUCCAAUUGAUACCUCCAAUUGGCCUCUGUUGCUAAAGAACUAUGACAAGCUAAAUGUGAGGACUGGCCACUAUACUCCGAUGCCAAAUGGUUCAUCGCCAUUGUGCAGAGAUUUGACGAAUUACAUCCGCUAUGGCUUCAUAAAUCUGGACAAACCCGCAAAUCCAUCAUCGCAUGAAAUCGUCGCUUGGAUCAAACGCAUCUUACGCUGCGAAAAGACCGGUCACAGCGGUACUCUUGAUCCAAAGGUCACUGGAGUUUUGUUGGUAUGCAUCGAUAGGGCCACAAGACUCGUCAAAUCGCAACAGAGCCAUGGAAAGGAAUACGUUGGUAUCGUAAAGUUCCAUUCUACUCCAGAGAGCCGCUCAAAAGUAGAACGGGUUCUGGAAACAUUGACUGGAUCAUUGUUCCAACGUCCUCCACUUAUUGCGGCCGUAAAACGACAGUUGCGUGUCCGUACAAUAUACCAAUCGAAGCUUUUGGACUAUGACGAAGAACAAAACAUGGCAACAUUCUGGGUGAACUGCGAAGCUGGAACUUACGUAAGAACCCUCUGCGUUCACAUGGGCCUUCUUCUUGGCACAGGAGCCCAUAUGCAAGAACUGCGCAGAAUUAAAUCUGGAAAUAUUACAGAAUACGACAACAUGGUCACCAUGCAUGACGUUUUGGAUGCUCAAUAUUUGUACGAUAAAACAACAGACGAAUCCUAUCUCAGAUACGUCAUAUCUCCCUUGGAAAAAUUGUUGAUUGAGUUCAAAAGGAUCGUAGUCAAGGAUAGCUGUGUCAAUGCCAUUUGCUACGGAGCCAAACUCAUGAUACCCGGAGUUCUAAGAUUUGAAAAUGGCAUUGAGCUACACACGGAGGUCGUUAUGAUUACUACGAAAGGAGAGGCUAUAGCAAUCGGAAUCGCCCAAAUGCCUACAGCAGUAAUUGCCUCUGUGGAUCAUGGUAUAGUUGCCGUCAUAAAGAGGGUUAUUAUGGACCGUGACACAUAUCCUAUGCGUUGGGGAUAUGGGCCAAGGGCUUCGGAAAAGAAGAAGUUACAACUGGCAGGAAUGCUUGAUAAGCAUGGAAAACCAAACGAAUCUACUCCCGCAUCAUGGCUCAAAUCUGAAGGCUUUAUACCUCCAAUGACCGGUGAACCUGUAGAUAAGAGAGCUGCUGAAACACCUGUGGAUGCAGAAAGUGUAAAAAAAGUAUGCCCAUAA